CUUUAGGGAUACUUCCUGCAUGACAAAACAAAACAACCAUGCAUUACAAAUCGAAAGUGAAAUUAGGUAGAACUUUCUGUUUCUAUUCCUGGUUAAUCACUGGAGACACAGGACCCAAGCCAGGACACCCGUUCCGAGGACACCUCAGAUCGCAGGAGGCAGCACCAGGUCCCGGCCGUCCGUCCGAGACCCUCCGGUUCCGCCGCGGGCUUCCUGGGGGUACGGGCGCCGCGCUCGGCUGCUGGUGGCGGGGAAUAAUGGAAUUUGAUAAGGACAACAAAAAUCGAGAACUUAAAGAACAACAGCCAGGUGAAGAAUCUAUGAACGAUAAACAAAAUGAGGAAUUACUUGAUGAAAUUAGAAAAGAAAAUAUUCAGCUACAGGAAGAGAUCCAAAAGCUUGAAGCUGAGUUAAAAGACACCACCAAAGACUUCCAGGUUAAAGAAGAUAUUCCAGAGACACAGUUGAAAUUCACAUCAUUAGAGACUCCUGAGAGUGAUAACCAGUUUUUAAAUACCUCCUGUUCAUUUCAAGUGGGCUCACCAAUAUUUUAUGAGCUACAGAAAGGACAAGCACUUAUCACCUUUGAAAAAGAAGAAGUUGCACAAAAUGUGAUAAAAAUGGGAAAGCAUCAAGUACAGCUAAAGGAUAUGAGUGUGGAGCUUAUAGCCAAGCCAGUUCCACUCAACGCAGGAGUCAGAUUCCAGGUUAGCGUAGACGUCUCUAAAGUGAAGAUCAUUGUCACUGAAAUCCCCAAUGGACUGCCUGAAGAUCAGAUGAGAGACAAGCUGGAACUGAGUUUUAGCAAGUCCCGGAACGGAGGUGGGGAGGUGGAAAGUGUGGACUAUGAUAAACAGUCCCGAAGUGCUCUCAUCACGUUUGUGGAACCUGGAGUCGCUGACAAGAUUUUGAAAAAGAAAGACUUCCCUCUUUAUAUAAAUCAGAGCUGCCACAGAGUUGUUGUUUCUCCGUACAUAGAAAGGCGCUUGCAAAAGUAUCAGAUAUUUUCUGGAGUGUCUAAGAGGACGGUGCUCCUGACUGGAAUGGGACACAUUUGGAUAGAUGAAGAGACUGUGGAGGAUUUCCUUAACAUUCACUUUCAACUGGGGAAGAAUGGGGGUGGAGAAGUAGAAGUGGUUAAGUGUUGCCUUGGGCAAUCUUACACAGCAUAUUUUGAAGACUAACUGAUGGAAUCAUACGAAAAUUACAGUUUUGAGUCCAAGUCACUGUAAACAUUUGCCAAAAUGAAUACCAUUGUCUUUGAGAAACGAACACUUUAAUUCUUUAGUGACCAUUUAUUCUUAAAUACAAAAUAUAUUCCAUGUUUUUUGCA